UAGGUUGUUUCUCGUUUUUAUUCCUUACUUCUCCAGUCGCGCCGACAGAAUGAAUAACGGUCGACCCCUGUUCAGCUGUUAACCCCACGACGGACCUGACAAGCAUGGUGGUGUGGUAUGUAUGUCGGCCAAGCCUUGAAAGAGUACCUAGCCAAGUAGGUAGGGGCCUCUCGGUAUGCUGGAGUCUAGCCCUCACUAUUGAGACAUGGGAGGCUGCUAGUCCAUGUCUAGCAGGCUUGAUGGGACGAGUCACGUCCUCACCGUAGGUCUUAAUUGCAAAGAGGCUGAAGCAGUAAAGUCAACACUGCCGGUUUUCUUGAGUGUCUCACCCACACAACAACAGCCUUAGAAAUGGGUAAGAGUUGGCCGAUGGGAUCAGGCAGAGCCCAUUCCCAUUGGGUUUUCCAAUCCAGACUCGCCCCUCUUCUGAGUCACCGUAUCUCGCUGUUGGCUUUGUUCAUACACCCAGCGCAAUUCAUUGCCCAAUUGCCAAGGCGAGCUGGCUCGAUGCUUCGGCUCUGUUCCUGAAAGAAAUCUCCGGGAAGGUUAUUCGUAUAAAAAGAAAAGUGGCACUACCGGCAGGAUGGUUCGGUGUGGAUAUAGGUGGCGGCGACGGACGCUGUUAAUAAGCUAGCGAAGCGGUGGUUAAGCUAUCGGGCAAUUGUGCUGGCUGUGACGUUGGCAUGCAGCAGUACCGUUUCUUCUGAGUCGGUUUGGCUUCGAGUUUAAAAAGCGUUGAUUGGACGUGAAAGGUUAUAGCACAUUGGGAAGGGAGACCAUUGCAUCGAAUCCAAGUUCUCGGGUACAGAACAUGGCGGUUCAUCCCUUCAAGUUGCGACGCCCCCUACCGACGCAAAGGUUAUCACAUCUGCCUAGCGAUGCUUCCCGUGUGAAUCUCAGACAGGAAAAGCAAGUCAGGGUGUGACCAUUGCGACGGAGGCAGAAGAAGGGGCGCAAUGCGAUGCGAUGCAAGGCAAUGCAAUGCAAGCUCUGCUUCUGUUCUUCAACUUUGGGAGUUUCAUGACGCGGAUGUUGUCGGACAUGGUAGGCGUGUGUGGCACACCGGUGUAAGACACCUGCUGAAGAAAUGCUCCUAUCGUGGCAAAAUAAAAGGUCUGGAACGUCCAAAGAAAUACGGUUCAGUCACCAUUGAGCAUGGGCACUUAGCCUACCAAGCCAUGUCUUUGGUGCUGCCCAAUGAGUCGGAAGUCCACCACCAAAGAACCAGAAAAGUUGCGAGGGAUGAGGGCAUUUCGAUCAAGCAGGGCAGCUCCACCACAGAAGGACGGCGAGACGGGCACCCCGUCAUUGGAUGAUAGCCUGAUUUAUUAUGUAUGUUCCUUAACAGGGAUUGUGUUCGUUUUUCUGCGUGUGCAGCCCGCAAUGCUACCCUACACUGCAUUUGCUAGAGACAAAUUCUCCUUGAGUCUCGGUGCGACAACCUGCACAUCGAAAGAGGCGCCGGAUGCGAGAUGCGUGUGUAAAUAUGCUGGGUACACAGCAUGAGAUCGUCAGAUCUCAUCAGAGCGACACACUUCAAGGGACAAAUAAGAACCCUCGGAAAGGCAUGAGGCGCCCGGGCAUAUAUCGAUCUGCAAUUGAACGAACACAAUCCCAGCUAGUGGUGAACUAUACAGAUCCAUACAAGAUCACGUAGCUUGCGAAGCAUAUCGCUGGUGGAUAAUAGCGAAAAGAAUAGUAUGGACAGGGAUGAAGGUGAAUAUCAGAUAGAGCUGAAACUCGAGACAGAUAAUAUCACAAUGCUGACCUGCUAUAGCUUACCACUUUACUUCAUGAGCUAACAGACAUCGAAAGAAAAAGUAGGACUUCUUUUCUAAGUCAUAAAAAAGACUUAGGUCAGUUUAGUGCACCUUCGCAUGCCUUUUGAUCAGUUAAUUCUGGCACCGUAGCUUAACAUCGCAAGUCUUCUUGCUCCCCAGGGAAUGCCAAGUGCUCUUGGUUGUUUCAUAGGUACCGGAUGAUAGCAGGAGUACCUUAGCUUGUCCGAGAAGGAGCAGACGGCGGGAGCCAAUACAUACAAUGGAUAUCAAAUACGAGGUGGGUGGGGGGUCUAGGCCUUCCAUGCUGUAAUUACCAACUCGGAGCCCUUUUGCUCUUCCAGCACCAUCGGAAUGUCUCUUCAAUUUGAUCAUACCAUCUAUAUCCUUUACCAAUGUUAGACCGAGUGAUACCAUAGGAUUAGAACCUGAGAACCAGCCGUAUGGAAAGCUUAUUAGCGUCUGAUCCGAUCGGCAGUGCCAAAGAAAAACGGCUUACGACCUUGCAGAUAAUCAAUCAAUCAAUCAACC